UCAUGGUGGUGGUUGCUCUUCAUUGUGGUUGGUGGUUGCUCUACAUGGUGGUGGUUGCUCUUCAUCGUGGUGGUUGUGGUUGCUCUUCAUGGUGUUCUUCAAUGCGUGUCGUGGAUGGAUGCUGGUGUGGUGCUGCUGUCAAUGCUGGAGUGGUGCUGUUUGGAGCUGCUGUGCAAUGUUGGUUUGGUGGUGGACGCAAGAUCUGGUGGCCUGGUGCAUCUACUGGCCUGCUCUGGUGGAUGGAAUUCUCUUCAUGGUCCCCCUUUCUUCACUUCCAUUGUUGGCCUGUGAUCUGGAUAGUGGUGGUGCUUCUACAACCAAAAAAUCAAGUGGAUGGAAAGUGCGUGAAUGGGAUCCUGGAAAAGGUUUGGGUAGGGGGAAGCAAGGGAGUGAGCUCGUUUCGAUUAAUCGAUUGUUUUUUGACGUUAGCUCGUUUUCUUUAUUUUUUAUUUUUGGCAUUCUGUUUACGCCAAAAAAUCUUAUUUAAAUAUCUUACUUUAUUUCUCUUUUACUUUUCUUUUUUCUCCUUUUAUUCUUUUCCUUCUAUCUUUUCCUUUCUAUUUGAGUCUCACCGUUUCACAAGAAAAUUUUUUCGUUCGAUUAUCACCAGAUUUUUUUUAAUUUUUCUCAAAAUUUUAGAGAAUUUCUUUUAUAAUUUAAUGUUCUCCACUAUUGAAUUUAUUAAACGACAUAAGCGCAAAAUUGCUGCUGGAACUGUCGCUGCUGUUGCAACAUGUUAUGGAGCUAAACGUUUAUUGGAAACUUCAACGUUUAACGACUUUGUUCGACAACCUUUUUCACUUUUACAAAAUAAUGAAGAUAAACGGACAGAUGAAUGUUUGGAUGAGGAACGCCACAACUUAAUGAUAGAAUUAAAUCAACAAGCUUGUGACAAAUUCCACAAAGUUUUACUCAAAAUCGAAGUUCAAUUAAAAGCCAAGUUGGAUAAUACUUUUGAUACAGAUUCUCUUUUAGAACAACUUUCAACGCCUGAAAUUGAUUCAAAACGGAAAAUAGAGCUGUGGGAGAGAUUAAAGGUUUAUUAUUAUUUUUUAGUAGGAUUUGGGUUUUGUGGAAGAUGGGGGAGGCUUAGGAGUUGA